AUGGACGGCAUCGUCCCAGACAUAGCAGUUGGUACAAAGCGGGGAUCUGACGAGCUCUUCUCUGCCUGCGUCACUAACGGACCCUUUAUCAUGAGCGGCACGUCGGCGUCCACAGCAAAUGGAAACGACAGCAAGAAGUUCAAGGGGGACAGCAGGAGUGCAGGCGUGCCCUCCAGGGUGAUCCACAUCCGCAAGCUGCCCGGCGACGUCACCGAGGGGGAGGUCAUUUCCUUGGGGCUGCCCUUCGGAAAGGUCACCAAUCUCCUGAUGCUGAAAGGGAAGAAUCAGGCCUUCAUCGAGAUGCACACAGAAGAGGCCGCCAACACCAUGGUGAACUACUACACGUCGGUGACGCCUGUGCUGCGUGGCCAGCCCAUCUACAUCCAGUUCUCCAACCACAAGGAGCUCAAGACAGACAGCUCCCCUAACCAGGCGCGGGCCCAGGCGGCCCUGCAGGCUGUGAACUCAGUCCAGUCAGGAAACCUGGCCCUGGCAGCCUCGGCCGCGGCGGUGGAUGCAGGCAUGGCCAUGGCUGGCCAGAGCCCUGUGCUUAGGAUCAUCGUGGAGAACCUCUUCUACCCAGUGACCUUGGACGUGCUACACCAGAUCUUCUCCAAGUUCGGCACUGUUCUUAAGAUCAUCACCUUCACUAAGAACAACCAGUUCCAGGCAUUGCUGCAAUAUGCUGACCCCAUGAGCGCCCAGCACGCCAAGCUGUCAUUGGACGGCCAGAACAUCUACAACGCAUGCUGUACACUGCGCAUUGACUUCUCCAAGCUCACCAGCCUCAACGUCAAGUACAACAACGACAAGAGCCGCGACUACACGCGCCCUGACCUGCCGUCCGGUGAUAGCCAGCCCUCGCUGGACCAGACCAUGGCUGCUGCCUUUGGUGCGCCUGGUAUAAUGUCAGCCUCUCCGUAUGCAGGAGCUGGUUUCCCUCCCACCUUUGCAAUUCCUCAAGCCGCAGGUCUCUCUGUCCCUAAUGUACAUGGGGCUUUGGCCCCUUUGGCUAUUCCGUCGGCGGCGGCAGCAGCAGCGGCAGCAGGCCGGAUUGCCAUCCCGGGCCUGGCGGGGGCAGGCAACUCUGUCCUGCUGGUCAGCAACCUCAACCCCGAGAGAGUCACACCCCAAAGCCUCUUUAUUCUUUUCGGCGUGUAUGGAGAUGUGCAGCGCGUGAAGGUCCUGUUCAACAAGAAGGAGAACGCCCUGGUGCAGAUGGCCGACGGGAGCCAGGCCCAGCUGGCCAUGAGCCACCUCAAUGGGCACAAGUUGCACGGAAAGCCAGUGCGCAUCACACUCUCUAAGCACCAGAGCGUGCAGCUGCCCCGCGAGGGCCAGGAGGACCAGGGCCUGACCAAGGACUAUGGAAACUCACCCCUGCACCGCUUCAAGAAGCCUGGCUCCAAGAACUUCCAGAACAUCUUCCCACCCUCGGCCACUCUGCACCUCUCCAACAUCCCGCCCUCCAUCUCUGAGGAAGACCUCAAGCUUCUCUUCUCCAGUAACGGCGGGAUCGUCAAAGGGUUCAAGUUCUUCCAGAAGGACCGCAAGAUGGCGCUGAUCCAGAUGGGCUCAGUGGAGGAGGCCAUCCAGGCGCUCAUCGACCUGCACAACCAUGACCUGGGUGAGAACCACCACCUGCGGGUGUCCUUCUCCAAGUCCACCAUCUAG